AUGUCGAGAAAACCCUUGUUCUCGCAAAACCUCAACGUGCCCAUAUCGGCGGCAGAAACGGUUGCAGAAACGCCCGCUACCCAUCUUCUGACUAAGAUCACCACGCCUCCUCAUUCCGUCUACGCCAAACGCAACCACUCAGUCUUGGACACUCCAGUCCGCACCUCCGACGCCAGCUCCGCCGCACGCAGCCUUCUUAUGUCUCCAGCGUUUUCGUCUCCGCAACAGCAGCAGCCUCCCGUAUUCCAAAACCCAAGCUCUCUCAUGAAAUCGCCCCGGUGUAUGGCACCAGCGUUUUCCGAAACCGCUCCCUUUCUGGCGCCUGCUGUCUCGGGUCUCGAGUGUGCACCGGUGCUUGAAGAUGGCAAGAAGAAACGGCCCAAGAAAACUAAACGGGACGCGCGAGAAGGAUUUUCCCUCGACUCGAACGAAAAACCCCCGUACUCAUACGCCACGCUCAUUGGCAUGUCCAUCUUGACGCAUCCAGACAAGCAGCUCACGCUUUCGCAGAUCUACACGUGGAUAUCCGAAACAUUCAAGUACUACCGCCGUGAAGACGUGGGAUGGCAGAACCUGAUCCGCCACAACUUGUCGCUAAAUAAGGCUUUUGUGAAAGGCGCAAAAUCCAAAGACGGCAAGGGCCACUUCUGGUGCAUCAAGCCUGAGUGCGAGGACUUGUUUUUGAAGGCGAAGAAUAAUAAGAAAAGCCUGUACCAUGAGGUGAUGGACCAAUUGGCUACUGCUCGUCAGCAGGCAAUCAGCAUGCUACCACUGUCGCCGCCACCACAAGCUCACGAUGAACGUAAGCGACCAUCAGACACAGAAGGCGAGAAUCCCCUGAAAAGGUCCCGGAUUUCUACAGAUUAUGAGUCUGAUUCCACAGGACCAGACUUUGAUUCAUCCUUACUCCGCACACCUGCGCCAGCAUUGGUUGUUUCCGAAUCGCCCGCACCGUUGCUCGCAGGCAAGCAUCUCACAUUUGCACUGAGUUUCAGCUGUAGUCUGAACUUUGAGCUUCUGCCUGUCCAGCCACUAGAAACGGGUCCUUUGCUAGAACCUUUACCACCACAGAACGGCGCGUUUCUGCAAAGUCUACCGGCGAUCACAUUGAACCGUGUUGUGUCGCAGCAUCUCCCGCAACUACAGCCCCCAAUUCCAACAUUUACCACCCCGCGUUCUGGAGUGGCCAGAACACCCAAAUCGGGAGCCAAGACGCCGCUUCGCACGCUACGAACACCGCUGAGCGGUACUGUGAUGCGCAAAUUGUGGCAUUCGCCGUCGUACCUUGAAGAGUUUUACUACUCUCCAUUCGGAAACACGCGGGCCGUGCUUAACUCGUACGACGACGACGACAUGUUGAUGCGUGCUUUUGAUAGCCCGCGUGCUCCUGGCCGUGCCAGUCUUCUCCAUGAGUUACGUAAAGCGGACCUGGACCCUGCCGAAGAAACCGAUGUGGACCAAACGGGAUAA